AUUUGCCAAUUAAUUCGUAUUGAUUGUCCGGAUUGUUUAUUGUUAUAGUGAUUUUCCGGCUUUCAUUGUGUUUAAUCUUUAUUACAUUUUCGUCUAUUCGUUUAUUAACUAUCAAUAAAUUACCUCUACAUAAGUGUAACUGUGUAUUCCACCGUUGAUAUCGGCUUGUAUACAUCUCGGUAGUGUAGUGUUGGUGUCUUGCCUCGUCAAUACGGUCACAACCCGGUCAGAAUGGAGGCAGUGGUGAUGAAGACGGAGCCCUCAUGGGACGGGGCGCAGCCCGCCCGCCCAUCGGACACGCACGACUCGGACCCGUUCUGCGCAGUCACAGAGUCAGCCCCAAUUCUAGAGGAAAACAUGUGUACCGGCGUGACUCCGGAGCCUGGUGUGAAGCCUGAACCAGCUGCGCAGCUACAUGCUGCUUACUCGCGGCAGGAGGUCACUGACCCGCGAGAGGAUGUCAAUGUGAAGCAAGAAGACACCGAACUAGGGGAGGAUGUCAAGAAGGAACCGGGGUGGGAGGAGACAGACAAGUUGAGCGGAGUGGGAGUGUCGCAGCGUGUGGAGUUUAAGGAUGACAGUGAAGCUGGUGGGAGCGGGAUGGCGGAUCCUCGUGGAAGCGAGGCGACAGAUCCGUGUGGUAGUGGGACAGCAGAUACAUGCGAGAAAGAGACUGCACAGGAGGAGGAACUAGAUCAGGAGUUGCUCGUCCUCCGCAAGGAGCGAGCGCGCUCCGUCAAGCAACAACAAGCGCGCGAACACACAGACGCUACUAGUUACGCGUGCCUCAUGUGCACUAGAACCUUCAAGUGCUUAACCACUUACAAGCAACAUAUGACUAAUAUGCACACCGGUGAGAAACCGUUCGCCUGCGAGUGGUGCGAUUGGCGUUUCGACGAUUUAAACGAUUUCAAGAGACAUUUAAGAACUCACAAGGGUUUGAGGCACUUCAAAUGGAGAGCCAUCUACAGGAAGUUUACGAAACUCCAUAAACCUUUAUAACAUUAUGCAAAAUCGCUGUCAUAGCGUUAUAUUUCAUAGUUUUAAACGUAUCCAUAUUCAUUCAUCCACAACGUUACGAUCAUAACGAAACGAAACCCGUAAGUUUGUAUUAUUUUUAAAAUAGCGAUGUAAUAACGUUAUGUAGCUUGAGCUUCGUACAUCAAAACGUUUUCGGCCACUGUAGCCAGUCUGCAGGCAACGCUCAUCAUGGAUACUAAUCGAGUUGUCAAAAUCUUUGCGUUUUGUGAUUUGACACAGUUAAAACUUCUAAUCAAUUUGAUCCAAAAAUAAAGAUUGAAAUAAAAACGGCCGCAGUUAUUGAUUUUUAUAUUAUAAAUCGAAUUAAUUAAAAAAAUCAUAUUUUAGAAUUUGAACAUCUCAAAUUCUUAGGUAUGUUUUUUUUAAUUACACUGCUUUAGAGUACACUGCUUUCGUAUACAAAUCUACUAGUCUUCAAACAUAAUAAUUUGAUAAUUUUAUCAUAACUUACAAGAAAACUUUGAAAAUAACUCAAUAUUGUCUUCAAUUGACGCAAGAAAUAAGUGGCGUUUGACUGACUCAACUCACUUAACACUUAUAUUAUUUUUGACAUUCAAAAAGUAACGGCUUUCAUUAUCGGGUUUAUAACGUUAUUAUUUCGCUAAUUGGUUAUUAAGUACGAGUAUAUGGAGACCAGUAAAACAUCAAUAAAAUAAAAUUAUAUUACAAAUAUUGGCCGUAAGGAUAACGUUACACGAAUAUAACGAUAUUUUUAGGUCAGACACAACUAGGCUCUACGAAACUUGAAGCACCCAUAUUCUUGCGGGAGCAAAUUCGUCAAAUCGUACGAUUUAAAGGGACAUUUAAGAAUUCAUACUGGAGAGAGUGGAGAGAGACCGUACAAGUGCAUAACGUGUCAAAAGGAGUUUACACAACUAGGCUGUUUAGACAAACAUGAACGAAUUCAUACAGGGAAAGACCAUAUGUCUGUGGAACGACACAAACUGGUGAAAGACCUUGCAAGUUCGAAGUGUGUAAAAAGGAGUUUACACAACUAGGCUCUUUAACGAAACAUAAACGGAUACACACGGCAGACUUGCGAUAUUUUUGUAGAGCUUGUGAGAACAGGUUCGCGGAGUAGCAUUCAUUGAAUAACACAGUGGGGAGAAACCAUACCCUUGCGACAGUUGCGACACGUGCCAAAACAAGUUUGCAAAAUGGACCCAUUUCUAGAGCCACAAGCGUAUACACACUGAGGAGUAGCUUUUAGCUGUGAGAUAUGCCAAAAGAAGUUUACACAACAAGUUACUGUAAAAAUGCAUUGACGAACGCAUACUGGGGAAAAGCCAUACAAAUGCGGCGGUCCAUGUAAAAAAGAAUUUGCGAGAUCGAGUACUGUCAAGAAAAUACACAAAGGCCUCAUUUAUUUAUAUAUUUAAAAACAAUAUGCAGCAUUACAGUCGAGACCAAAUCACUGUACACAUCAGAUUAUAAAAUACGUAAGAUAUUCACAAUAUUUAAGAAAAUCAGACCACAAUCAACUUUCAUCCAUCACCUCACAGUACCGCAGCCACAUCUGAUACACAACCAUCCAUCGACCUGCAAACAUAUCACAUACUGGUCCUUACACGGGAGAGAAGCCUUACUCGUGCGAGUUUUGUGAGGAAAUGUUUACUAUGAGCUAGCUAUGACAUUGAAAACACAUAUACUUAUCCAUACUCCAGCUUGAUGAGUCCAAUUUGGCGAUGUCCUCGAGGUUUACCAUGUUAGAGAUGCAAGUAGAAACGGAAGUGUGCGAGGCAGAUGUUUAUAUACUAAUAAAAUUUACUAAUUAUUCUUAAUUUUACUAUUAUAUUUUUCUUCCUUGACGUGUAAGAGGACUUUACAAAUAAAUGAGUAUGAACUUUGAA